AUGGACGAUAGGACCGUCGACCUCGGUGAAGAUGUCGAGUCCGUCCAAGUGGGCGUGGAGGACCCGGACGCCGAGUUUGGCGGGGCGGAGGCUCGGAGGAAGCUCGAGAGAAGACUUCUCUUGAAAUUGGAUGCCCGGAUGUUCAUCUUGAGCUGCACGACUGAGAGGCUUGAGGCCGACUUGCACCUUCAAGGCCAACAAUUCGCGACGUUGCUGUCCAUACUCUAUGUCGGAUACAUCAUCAUGCAAAUACCUUCGAACAUGAUUUUGAAUUAUGUCGGGAAGCCCUCCCUUCAUCUUCCGUUCUGCAUGAUUGUCUGGGGCGUUCUUUCCAUCUUGACGGGUAUUACACACAAUUUCGUCGGCGCACUACUGACGCGGUUCUUCCUGGGCUUCAUGGAGGCCGCCUUCUUCCCUGGUGCGCUCUUCCUUAUUAGCAAGUGGUACAAGCGCAGCGAACUCGGCAGACGAACCGCCAUCCUCUAUGGCGGCAACAUCAUCAGCAACGCGUUCGGCUCCCUCAUCGCUUCCGGGAUCCUGGACACGAUGCAAGGCAAGCUCGGAGAUGCUGCCUGGCGCUGGCUGUUCUACAUCGAGGGUUCUCUAACCGUAUUCUUUGCCAUCUGCGCGAUCUUCAUCUUGCCUGACUUCCCUGCCACGGAGAAGGGGCGGUGGCUUAGUCCCAUCGAGAAGCAACUGGCUCUGCGGCGCAUGGAAGAAGACGCGGGUGUCGGCGACGAACAGGAAACGGAAACGGGCCGGCAUGGAGCUGGGUUGUUGAUGGCGAUCACGGACUGGAAAGUCUGGUGGAUGGCGUUCGCUAUGCUCAGCCAGGUCGUUUGCUUGAGCUUCAACGCGUAUUUCCCCACCCUCAGUGCCACGCUGGGAUAUAGCUCUACGGUGUCGCUCUUGUUGUGCGCUCCUCCGUUCGUACUUGCGGCCAUCCUCGCCUAUGUCAACUCCCGCCAUUCCGAUCGGACACAGGAACGAUUCUAUCAUAUGACGAUCUCUUGGGCGAUAGGCAUCGUAGGCUUCAUCAUCUCCAUUUGCACCAUGAACACCGCGGCUCGAUACAUUUCACUGUUCUUGAUGGCGCAACAAUAUGCCGGCUUCGUGGUCAUGUAUACAUGGGUCAGCAACUCAUUCCCUCGCCCACCGUCUAAACGUGCUGUGGCGGUAGCGCUGGUCAAUGCCUUUUCGCAAAUCGGGAACGUGGCUGGAUCGUAUGUAUGGCCCAGUAACUGGGGACCUACAUAUAGAUACUCCUACGCCAUCUGUACUGCCACUUGCGGGUGCGCCAUCAUCAUGAGCUAUAUAUUCAAGCUUCAUCUGGAGUCGCUGAAUCGGCAAAUGGACGAGGAGGAACGAGAGAAGGGGAUAACGGAAAAGGGCUUCCGUUACUUGAUAUGA